CAAUAGAACAUCACAGAGUCUGAGAGAAGAGCACUCACUGCAUAGCAUUGCCAACUCUACCUUUGCCCAGCACGCUAGUUCUGUAGUGCGUUUCUCUCUGUGAACUCGAUCGAGAGAAGCACCAGCAUGAGCUACCCGCCACCGGGCACCGCGUACCCUCCGCCGGGCACCGCAUACCCUCCGCCGGGCCAGGAGGCCUACCCGCCGCCGGCGUACGGCGCGCCGCCACCUGUCGGAGCCAACUACCAGCAGGCCCCGCCGCCGCAGGACACAAAGGACCGUGGCGGCGACGGUUUCUGGAAAGGAUGUUGUGCUGCCAUCUGCUGCUGCUGUCUGCUCGACAUGUGCUUCUGAUCGACACCAGGCGCAACUCUUCAAUGAUGAUCUACGCACUCACACCUGCUCAUAGCUAGUCAUCGUUGUUUCUAUCGUAGUAUAUGUGGACAUGUGGUGUCAGAGUCAUCGAGAUUUGUAUGAUGUGGACCUGGGUUUUGGCCUUGGCUUAAUUCUGUAUCACGAUAUUGUUUAUCAAAUUAUCAGCAUCUAGCUUGAAUUGGUUGUUUA